CGGCAGCGAGUCGCCGACCGGUCGUGUUUCGCUUCGUAAUUUAUACCGCAGUAAUGCUCAAACUAGUUAGAGGCAUUCCACGGCUCGCGGCUCAAUGCCGGCCCUACAGCCACGCCGCCGUCGUCGGCAGCGAGCCCAACCGCGCCGACCCCUACUACCAAGACAACAAGGCGCGAAUGGAUGAGCUCGUCAAUGAACUCCAACAGAAAACCGCCGCCGCUAUCAAAGGCGGGCCAGAAGACGCGGUCAAGAGGCACACCGCAAGGGGCAAACUCAUCGUCAGAGACAGGAUUAACCGGUUGGUCGACGAGGGCACAGACGUUUUGGAGCUGAGCACGCUCGCCGCUACGGACCUCUACAAAGGACAGGUGCCGAGCGCCGGAAUCGUCACCGCCAUCGGCAAAGUUCAAGGUCGCGAUUGUAUGAUAGUCGCGAAUGAUGCAACUGUUAAAGGAGGAACUUAUUUUCCCGUCACGGUGAAGAAACACUUGCGGGCACAGGCGAUUGCGCAAGAGUGCCGGCUUCCUUGCAUUUAUCUUGUGGACUCCGGCGGCGCUCACUUGCCGGACCAAGCUGAUGUGUUCCCCGAUAGGGAACACUUCGGCCGGAUCUUUUAUAACCAAGCUAAUUUAUCGGCGGAAGGUAUCCCGCAGAUCUCAGUCGUCAUGGGCUCUUGUACCGCGGGCGGGGCUUACAUUCCUAGUAUGUCAGAUGAGAGUAUUAUAAUUAAAAAUCAAGGCACCAUUUUCUUAGCAGGACCGCCUCUAGUCAAAGCCGCAACAGGCGAGUCAGUGUCUUCAGAAGAUUUAGGUGGGGCGGAUCUACAUUGCCGUCAGUCUGGAGUAACUGAUCAUUAUGCCCAAGAUGAUGAGCAUGCGUUGCAUUUAGCACGAAACAUCGUUGCCAAUUUGAACUGGAAUAACGACCAAAGAACCAGAAUUUACUCCCCAAAAGUUGAUGAACCCUUACAUGAUAUAGAUGAUCUACAUGGCAUCGUAGGAGCAAAUAUACAAAGGCCUUUUGACAUGCGCGAGGUUAUAGCGAGAGUGGUCGACGGCAGCAGGUUUCAUGAGUUCAAGCAACUGUACGGCGAUACCCUAGUGUGUGGAUUUGCAUCGCUUUAUGGUCAGCCAGUGGGUAUUAUUGGAAACAAUGGCGUGUUGCAGUCGGAAGCCGCUUUAAAGGGAACUCAUUUCAUUCAAUUGUGUGCUGCGAGGAAAAUUCCGUUGAUAUUCCUUCAGAACAUAACUGGGUUCAUGGUGGGAAGGGAGGCGGAGGCCGGUGGUAUAGCCAAGAACGGUGCUAAGAUGGUGACUGCUGUGAGUUGUUUCAAGGGACCUAAGAUUACAGUCAUUGUUGGAGGCAGCUUUGGUGCUGGGAACUACGGGAUGUGUGGUCGUGCUUAUUCACCUAGUUUUAUGUACAUGUGGCCAAACGCGAGGAUAUCGGUGAUGGGAGGACCUCAGGCCGCAACUGUUCUUACUUUGGUGGCUAAAGAAAAAGCCUUGAGGGAUGGGAAGACGUGGACUGAUGAGGAUGAGAAAAAAGUCAGAGCUCCUCUUGAAGCCCAGUUCGAGAAAGAGGGUUCCCCAUACUACAGUACGGCCAGAUUAUGGGAUGAUGGUAUAAUCGCUCCUAGGGAUACCAGAAAAGUUCUUGGAUUAAGUUUAUCGGCUGCUUUGAAUGCUCCAUUCAGAGACAGCAAGUUUGGUGUGUUCCGUAUGUGAUAAAGUGUUAGUGAAUUGACUAAUUUUCUAUUGUUAUUAUAUGUUUAUAAAAACUUCA